AAUACUAUUUCAGUUACCAGUUUGAUUUUUUGUUUUGUUUAAAUUUGAAUUACUUUGAAUCUCCUAAUUUUUGUGUGUAAUUGGACUUUGAAAAUUGUGGAUGUUUGAUUGUAAUUGCGAUUUAGAGCUAAAUGGAACUUAGUUUUGUGAUUGGACUUUCAAAAAGUGAAAAAUUGAUGAUAAUUAAGUUAGGCUUCUUGGGACUUAGAAAGGCGUUGUGGCCAUAGAAACCAAAUAUUUGGAAUUUUUGAAGUUGGAGUUGUGUUUGGUUAUAGUUUUUGUAAAGAAUAUUUGGUUGUUUGAAUGUACUGAAAGUGAAAAUAAGGGUUUAGGUGUUUGAAGUUGUAUUUGGAAUUUUCAUUGCUCAUGACCAAACAUUGAUUUUCAAAUAAAUUGAAAAAAAAUUCCGGGGAAAAGUGAAUAAUUUUCAUGGCCAAACGGGUCCUUAUUCGUGCAUUUAAUUUAUUUAGUGCUUGAACUAAAAUAUUAAGUGCUCUUUUGCAACAAUAAGGGGGAUAAUGCUAUCACAAAAUUCAGCAUAAGCAAUAUAGGGGUCGUUUGGUUAGAGACAAGUUAUGCAGGAUUGGAGAUGCUCAUUUAGAGUUGCUAGUUACAGUGCUAGUGGGAGAUAGUAGGUACCUGGUGAAAUAGUCGAGUUUCCUGCAAGGUGGUUCAGAUACAACCGUUAGAAAAAAAAAAAUUCUGCUUUCUUUCAAUGAAAUCCUCUUUCUUUAUCUAAAAGAAGAGAAGAUUAAGCUCCAAGAAUGGACACUUUGUCCUCACUUAUUUGAUGAUAUUAAUUCUUUUCUGUUCCUUUUUGGGUGGUGAAAGCAUAUAUGGUGGUGUGUUUCCUGAUGAAUUCCACUCCCGAUUAAGAUUCAAACAUAGAGGUUUGGUGGCAUGUGCCGGUGCAGGCUCACCAAAUACAAAUGCAAGUCAAUUCUUUAUGACUUUGGAUCGUAGUGACUUUCUCGACAAGAAGCAUACAAUCUUUGGAAAAGUAACUGGGGAUUCAAUAUACAAUCUUGUUGCAUUGGGUGAAGUUGAAACUGGCAAGGAUGAUCGGCCUGUGGAUCCUCCACCUAAGAUACUAUCUGUCGAGGUAUUAUGGAACCCUUUUGAGGAUAUUGUACCAAGAGCAAAGCCUGCAAAAGCUUUGCCUUCUGGAGUUGCAAUUGAGAAGAAAGAUGCAAAGCAGAAAGCUAUCAAAAAGUUGAACUUGCUUUCAUUUGGAGAAGAAGCAGAAGAGGAGGAGAAAGAGCUUGUGGCUGUGAGUGCAAGGAUAAGAAGCAGUCAUGAUGUAUUGGAUGAUCCACGUCUGCUGAAGGAAGGGAAACAUGAUCAAGCUUUGGACUCAUCUGAAGGAAAACCGACAAGGGAUGUGCAGUUGACUAUCAGAGAAGCUUUGGGAUCAAAGAAGGAAGCGUCUCGUAAAGAAUCAGAAGCGGGUUUUCAAGAAUCCCUUGACAACAGUGAUGAAGAUGAGGCUAACUUUGAUGCACGAAUGCGUCAGCAGAUACUAAAAAAGAGGAAGGAACAUGGCGAUCCACUACCCAAACAGAAGUUGCUCAGAGAGAAGGGGAAUGCAAGAAAUCGUUCACCAUCUCCUCCAAGGUGCAGCAGGUCUGAUGCUGAACAUGAUGAUGACCGGCCAAAAGUGGAUAAGUUGUCUCUAAAGAGAAAAGGAAUAGGCUCUGAAGUGAGGGCUGAACGUAUGGCCAAUGCAGAUACGGACUUACAGUUGUUGUCUGGCCCUGAACGAGAAAGACUGCUGCUAAAGCAAAAGAGACGAGGACGAAAAGGACACGAAGAAGAAAUGCUAGCGAAACUGGAGAAGUUUAAGGCUGGACUUUCUGCUAGAGCCAAUGAAUCUGCUAAUGCGGGCAAGGAGGAGGAAUUAUCUGAUUGGGCAGCGGUUACAUUAAAAUUCACUCCGGAACCUGGAAAGGACAAAAUGUCUCGUAGUGAGGACCCCAGUGAUUAUGUGGUACACGAUCCUCUGUUGGAGAAAGGAAAAGAGAAGUUUAAUAAAAUGAUGGCCAAGCAAAAGCGACGAGAAAGAGAAUGGGCUGGCAAGUCUCUUACAUGAGCUGAUCUUCCAGUUGGAGAAAAAAAUUGAAUUGCUAUUUCUGAAGUUAAUCGGCAUUCAUAUUGAAUUGGCAAUAUGGUCUUUUUACUGGGCCAAAAUAGUUCACUGAACUAUGGCAUUUUGAGGAUCCAUAUCCUCUUCUCAAAGAAGUCAAGUGCCGAACGAAAAGUUCACCAGGUAUUAUGUAUUUUGCCUGUCCUGUGAUCCUUUCCUUUUAUUCAUAAUGGACAGGAAGUGUUGUACCAAUAUACUUUUUGUUUCAAUGGAAUGCGGAAAUGAAUUUAACUGUGUAAA